AUAAACGGUUUACACGGAAGUAUGUGGUAAUAUCACGACACGCAACUAAACGUAGACGACAAGCCCCUCGAGGGCUUUGCUCGCAGCACAGUCGAGCUUGUUGACCGUCGCCCGCGUCCCAGUAACAGUUAGAGCCUGUGCGCGAGUAUGCGCAUCACCAACACUAUUUAUGCAGAAUGACUCGCCAAGGGUUCGCCAGAAGUGGCAAUUGUAAAGAGCGAAUUCCUCGCUGAGCAGCUUUCGCCAUGGCCGCUGCGGCAGUCGCGCCGCCCGACGAGAAGUUCCUCAAGCUCAGAGAGGAGAAUGAGCGGCGGCGCAAGAAGAAGGAAGAAGAGGAGAAGCGCCGUAAGCAGGACGAAGAGCUGAAGACCAAGGAGGCCCUGGAGCGCCGGCGCCUUGAGCGGGUGGAGCAGGAUGAGCGCAUGCGGAAGCCGUGGCAGCAGCCACCGGCCCCAAAGAAGCCCAUUUUGCGUAAAGGAGCAAAGUCCAAACCUUCACAGCCGCCGACCCCAUCAGCUGCGGACCCUAUGCGGAAGUCGCAGCAGGAGGAGAAGCGUAAGGAGCUGCGGCAGGGCCUGCAGGACUUCAUCCGCCAGCAGCGGCAAGCAGCUGUGGCGCCCAAGAAUCCUGCGGGCGCGGGAGGAGGCGGUGGUGGCGGAGGCAACGACGGGGCACCCGUCGUGCCGCUGACAUGGGAGGAGCUGCGGCUGGCUGCCGAGGCGGGCUUUGACGAGCUGGUGCGGCAGCAGGAGGAGGAUGCGGAGCAGCGCGCGGAGGACCCGGUGGCGGCGCGGGCCACACGGCACCGCUCCCCCUACAAGAGCCCCUUCCGCGGUGCACCAGCUCCACCGCAGGAGACUGUCCAGGUGGCUCUGGUGCCCACACAGCAGCACGCGCCGAUCGCGGCCGCGGCGCAUGUGCCGGACACCCCUACAACUGCGGUGCCAGCCACUGCAGACCGCAUGGCCGCACUGCGCACCAGCUACAAAUUCAGUGAUGCCCCCGGCUGGACCGGCCAGCACCCUGCAGCUCUGCAGCAGCACCAGCCGCAGCGCGUGGGUUUGGACGCGGGCACUGGCGGCGGACCCAUGGCCACCACGCCGGCAGCUGUGCUGUACCCACCGGGUGAUGGGCCCGAGGCGGCGACGGGGUCGGGUGACGUUGGUGCGGCGAGCAGCGUGGCAAGCUCGGGCGGGCUUCGUCGCGGUGUGACUGCGGCUGCCCGGUACCGCGUCGCGCCGCUGGAUGCCGAAACGCUGGACUCGGCGGCUGAAGACCCCUGGGGCCGAGACAAUGCCGCAGCAGGCGGCGCAGUGGUGGAUGCCGGGUCUGGCGGCGCCGGGGAGGGCGUGGGAGUGGGUGUUGGUGACAGCGGGCCACCUGGCAGCCCUGGCGGCUCAAGGUCACCGCGGGGGUCCAUGGGCCAACGCCCGCCACUGCCGGGCCCCUACGACUCGCCGUCGCAGCAAGUCUGGCCGCCCCCAUCGCCACAGCAUUCGCAGCAGCAGCAGCAGCAGCAGCAGGCGGUGGGCACGCCGCGGCGGCCUGCAGCGGUAGCGGUUUCGGGCCCGCCUGCGGACCCGCUGGAGGCGAGCCUGCUGGCCGGCGGCACCCUGGCGGCGCUGCAGCAGGCAGAUGGCUUCCGACUGACAUCGCCGCGGCCUGCGGGCACGACGCCCCAGCAGUCGUGGGACCAGCCCGCAGCGAGCGCGCACGUACAGGAGCCGCUGUCGCUGCAGCCAUCUCAGUCCGCCGACUACGCGCGUACUCAGCAGCAACAGCAGCAGCAGCAGCAGCCGUCGGCGCAGAAGACUGCGCGGCGGGGCUGGGGCGCGCCGCCGGGCCAGGCGCAGGCGCCUCUGCAGCAGCCGGGCAGUCCUGGGGCGCAUUACGGCGACGAUCCGCCCAUGCCGGCGUGGGCUCAAGCUGGCUCAGGGGCGCAUGGGGGCGGUGCCGCGCCGGAGCACUCCGGCGCCUGGGCUGGUGGAGAAGCAGGUGGCGGCUUGGGUGAGUCUGGCGCGGACUUUGGCGGGGAAGUUGGACUGGACAUGGGUGCCAGCGGCGGCUUGGCGGGCGCAGGGGUGCAGACUGCCGUGCGCCACAGCAUUGGUGUGGGCGACAGCGGCGGCCCAGCCAUGUGGCAGCGUGAGUCGGUGACGCUGCCGCGAGCGUCGCAGGCCCAGGUGCAGCGCGCGCCUGCGGACUUUGGUACCCCGGCCCUGCAGCCACGGCACGAAGACAGCGAGCCGCAGUUCCAGGCAGUCAGCCCCGCUGAGGUGCAACAGUCUGUGCCGCUCGUGCCAGCUGUGUCGCCGGCGCACGGACCCGAGCCAGGUGCUCGCCUGUCGUAUAACGACGUGCCUCUGCAGGGCUCCCCAGCCCUUACGGCCAGUGUCGCGUCUUCUACGACGUCAACACCAGCCCGAGCGCCAUCUGAGGCCGCGCGCUCUGUCUCCCUCGCGGCCAGCUCGCCGCACCAAGCUCCAGCACCCGGGGUAGUGUCGACUGAGCGGAGCAGCGCUGUGGGUGCAGAGGCCAGCAGGGGCUUGCAGUCGGCUGUGGAUGCCAGCGAGGAGGCUGUACGAGCAUCGACCGGGGGCCACAAGCAGGGCCUGGAGGACGCGGUGUUGGGGGAUGUCGCUGAGGCGGAGCACGAGCCAUGGGUGCCGCCCAUGCUAUCAGCCUUGCCGCCACCGGUAAACAUUAGCACCGAUGGACUGCCGGCGGCAGCGCCUGUGGUACUGCGGCAUGAGCCCCUGCAGGGGUCCGCUACCGGGGCAGCUACAGCUGCGCUCACACACCUCGCUGCAAUGGCUGCCGGGACGGCGCUGCCCCCUGUUACAGCUGCGGCAUCUGCGGCGCCUGGAGUUGCCACCUCGCAGAACGACAAGGCGGUGCUCCCGCCAGUCAUCACGUCACGGCCGCUGUCGGGCUCAGCUCGCCUGCCGCCGUUGCCGAGCGGCUUCCACUCUGGUGGCUCCAUGUCGGGCUCGCUGCCACCAGUGGCCGCGUCAGCUGGUUCCAUGACUGGCACGCCGCCACCCAAGUCGCAGCCCCUGUCUGCUUCGGGCAGCGCUGCCACCACCUCCACGAGCAUCAGCACGCCAACAACGCCACCGCAGCAGCAGGCCCACGCACUUCACCAGCCGCACCCGCCCCCGAUGCGUGCGCCCUCGCCGCCGGGCUCCCCUCCACGCAACGGCACGCCGCAGCGCUUCCACCGUCAGCUGUCGUCGUCUGGCGGGUCACGGCCACAAUCGGCUGACCUCGCGGAGCGCUCAGCGGCGUCGAUGACGGCGGUCGCUUCAGCAGCCUCAUCAACGCCCGUCAGUCCCCCGCAAGCGCAACUGACACAACCGCAGUCGGCGCUAGCACCCCAGCCGCCGCCACAGGCGCCGCCGGCGCACCCGUCGCGGCCUCGCUCUGCGGACCUGGUGGCAGCCGCCAGCGCGGCUUUGCCGGCAAGCCAAGCAGCACCCACUGCUGGUGCUGCUCGUGCAUCGCCACCGCCUGCACUGAACACCACACCCCUGCCGCUGGAGACCCCGGCGGUUGCUGCAGCUGCAGUGCCUGCCAGCCCACGUGUACCGGGUGUCGUGGUCACAACCCCGGCAUCUGGCACCAGUCGUCCGCACCGUCAGCUGCAACAAUCAGCGCCGGUUGCUCAGGCCGUCCAGGCGGUGGGUGCCGGGGGCCGCCUGGAUGGCGGGGCGGUCUCGGCAAGCCGUGACUCGGCGUUGCCGGUUGAAGAGAACUCGGCGGUGGUGGUAAUUGAGGAUGACAAGGACAGCGACAUUCAAGCUGAUGUGGAGGUGUAUAUGGAUGACAGUGGGCUGGCCUCUCCCAGCCCCGCCCACACCAGCCUGGGUGCGCCGGCGCAGCCGGUAGGGGCCGCUACCGUGACGAACAUGCCCGCAGCUGUCAAGCCGGUCGGCACAGCUGCAAGUCUCAGCAGCAAAGCAGAGGCAUCACCAGGGCCGGACGAGGCGGAAACCGCGCGGCUUCAGCAGCAGCAACAGCAUCUGCUGCAUCUCACGGAUGCGAGCGUGCUGCCAUCGCGCCCACCCGGCACAGCCGGCAGCGGCAUGGGUAGUGUCAUGUCAGGUAGCCACAUCAGCGCCGCGCCGCUGUCCGAGGCCGGCAGCAGCAGCAGCGCCGGUGCGGGCGGCGCCGGUGCCCGUCCGGGCUCCGCCGCAACCGCCGGAAUGAUGGGGUCUGGCUACCAGGCUUCGCUGCUGGGCAUGCUGGAUGACUCGGUGUCAAGCUUCGACUUCCGGGUGCCUAGGUCGGCGGGCGGGAACAGCGGCGGCGCGGGCACCGGCUCGCGCCCGAGCUCGGCGGCCUGGGCGGCGCCGGCCUCACCCGCCGCGCCCGUGCACGCGACCAUUGCCGCUGCUGCCGCCGCCGCAGCGGCAGCUGGCGUGCCGUCUGCUGCUACAGCCCGCAAAGGCGACAGUGUGCCUGGCAAGGCUGGGCCGGCGGGCAAUGGCGUGGUGACGGUGGCCGUCAAGGCCGGGGCGCCCGUGCCACUGGGGUGCUCGGCAGCAGCCCCGAAGGCAGGCCACGCAGGAGCACUGCCCUCCGCCAACUCGUUCCAGGUGCUGCAGCCGUCCAAGGCGGCAGCAGCAGCCAGAGCUGUAUCAGGCGACCUGAUGUACGGCGGUGCAGAUGACGGCGAGGAUGACGGGGGCCGGGGCUUUGACGAGGAGCCCGUGGGUAUGGAGGAGCCCGUGCUGCCACAGCCGGCGUCAUACCACCUAGCUGCUAUACCACCGCCCGCGGUGGCGCCGCCGCUGCAGCUGCCCGCUACGGCGGCUGCGACCGGGGCGCCUGCUACUGCCGCGCCUGCAGCGGCAGCACCCGCUGGAGCUGCUACUGCUGGGGCGCCUGCUGCUGCCGUGCCUGCACCCGGGGAGCCGGACAUGGAUGACCUCAUGCGGGAGAUACAGGCGCUGUCCGCCCUGCGCAAAGCGCUGAAGGCAGAGUUUGAGGGCAUGGGUCACGGCGAGGCGGUGGCGGGCCUGCAGACCCUGUCCGCCAAUUUCACCGCCGCAGCGGGUAGUAACGGCAACGGCGCCAGCGCCACUGCCAGUCCGGCGCAUUAUGCUGGGCCAACUCAGGGGAACAGUGCGAGCUCCGCACCUGAAGCCGUGGGCAUUGCUGGCGCAGCCGCCGCGGCUGCUCAGCCAGCUCCGGCGCCAUUGCUGCAGUGGGGGUUCGGCGGUGGUGCACAGCCGCCGCCGCCGCAGCAGCAGCAGGAGCUCUACGGCACAGCGCCGGCAUACACCGUGCCGCCGCCAAUGCCCAUGCAGCAACAGCAGCAGCCAUUUGAACAGCACAUGCAGAUGCCGGCGUGGGCUGCCCUUGUGAUGCCGCCACACCCAGUCGCGGAGCCACAGCCGGUGCAGGCGCUUCCUCAGCAGCACCCGCACCAACCAGUCGCUCAGCCAUCCACAGCGCAGGCUCCGUACGGGGCGCCUUGGCCGCAGGCUGACAGUGCACAGCGUCACACACAGCAGGCAGCCCCGCCACUGGCGACCACGCUUCCGAGUGCUGCAGCCACACUGGCGCCUGGUGGGGUUGCAGGUGCGCCCUUUCCCGCAGACGUCAUGGCGGCGGCGGCCGCAGCCGCAGCAGGGCCCAACGCCGUUGCGGCACAGGGCUCGGUGCCUCAGUACUAUGAGGAAGAUCCCCACGGCCGCUCCUUUGCCUUCGCAGCGCCGCAGCAAACGGCUGCUGGCAACGGCUUCUACCAGCAACAAGCGGCCCUGCCGGAGCCGCUGCCGCUUGCCCCGCCCGUCAUGCCAGCGCCAGCGCCAGCGGCCCCGCCACAGCCCGCCGCUGCUCCGUCGCCGCCGCAGCCCGCGCUACAGUGGACUAUUCCGGCUGCUCCUGGCAGCUCGAGCCCAGGCGCAGCACCCCAGCCGCAGGUGUCACCCCAGCGCCCGGCGCGUGUCAGCGGAGGUGGCGCCGCCACGCCCACCAAGUCCACUCCCAGCGUCGCAGCAGCAGCUGGCAGCACCAAGCGCGCGCUGGGUGGCCAUGCCGGCGGCGCCGGCUACGCAGCGCUGGACAGCCCUGGGUCAGUCAGUGAAUUACGACACGGUACGCGGUCAGGCACGGGCACGGCCUCGGCACCCAAGCCAGCUAUGGCAGCCGCCGAGCGGCCACUCAUCAAUGACGGCAGCUAUGCACGGGCAGCCGUUGAGGCACGGGAGCGGGCCGAGCGGGAACGUGCGGCGCGGGAGGCCCUGGCGGCGGAGACUGCCGCAGCCAAGGCCGCGGCCUUGCAACGCAGCAAGUCGGAGCACCGGACCGGUGGGGGUGGUGGCACACCCAGCGGCGGUGCCUCCACCUCACCCACUGCUGGCACGGGGUCCGGUGCUACCAAGGCGCCCUCUGCCAUCGGCUCGUACGUGCGCCAGCCCUCUCCCUUGCCGGCACGACCCACAGCGCCGUUUGGGCGGUCCACAUCAACGGGCCGAGACACCGGCGCGCGCGGGGGCGUAGCGGCCGAGCCCUCUUCGUCCGGCACCACACCCACCGGCACACGUGCCGCGUCCCGCAUUCCAACGCCGCCGAGGCCGCGUGAUGCCGGCGCUGCUGGUGUGGGCGCAACUGGCGGCAAGCAGCUGGCGGUUGAUGAGUCGUACGACAGCGAUCUGGAUUUCUUGGAGCGGGCUCUAGACGCGUCUGACACGGAGACGGACACGCCGUCACCGCCGCGGCAAGGGGCGCGCAGGGAGGCGUUCGCGUCGCCCUCGUCGGCCACAGCCGCGGCAGCAGCAGCCGCAAACGCAGCGGCGUACCGGGAGCGCCUUGCCGAGGCACGCCCCAAACCGCUGCGCAUCCCCACGUCUGGCGCGGCCACGCCCAUGGGGGGCGCCAGCACCGCCAGCACCGUGGCCUCACACGCCGUGCCCACAGGCGGCGGCCGCGCAGCGGGCGCCGGCUCGCGGGCUGGUGGGGCUCCUAUGGCGGCGGCGCCGCAGCGCAGCGGCCACAGCGGCACGAGCGGCAAGCCUGUGACGCCCUUCACUGCCGCCAUUCGCGAACUGAUGGGUCUGCCAGGCUCGGCUCCGCUGGAGCAGUCUCGCGCCGCCGCUGGGGCCGCCGUGGGCCGCGGUGGUCAGCUGCUGGACGCGCGCGGGCAGUGGCCCAGUCGGCUGACGGAUGAGGAGGACCGCCUGCUGGCCAGUCUGAAGCGCCUGGACGCAGAGGUGCUCAAGCGGGGCCUUGCGGCUGCUGGCCUCGUGAAUGGACCGUCCGUGACUGGUGGCAAGGGUGGCAAGGCGGCGGGCAGCAAGGGCGGCAAGGCAAUGGCUGCUAGUGGUGCCGCUGGCGGCGGCGGCGGCGGCGGCUCCAACAAGCUGACCAACUCGCUGCAGCAGGACCAGCUGCGUGAGAGCCUGGACCGCCUGGACAGCCAGCUGGGGGCGCUGCGGAGGAAGAUGGAGGACCGCGCGUGCAUGCUGGGUAUGCCUUCAUCCGCCGCACCGACGCCCUCCGCAGCAGCAGCCAUAACGCCCGGUAAGCCCGCGGCCUCAACACGCCCCCGCGACAUUACGCCGACCAAGACCCCAGAGGAGCGCCGCGGCCCGCCCGCCACCCUUGCCAAGUCGCGUACGCCCACGCCCAACAAAGCCAAGGCCAUUCGCGAUCAGCGGCAGCAGCAGCUGACGUCACACCAGGGCGCCACGCCGCCGGCCGCGCGCACUGCAAGCGGCACAGCGUCUGCGCCGCCCAAGCCCGCGUCUGCCCCUGUCAUGGGGGCUAUGGGUGGCGUGCCGGCAGUGCCAGCUGCGGCGCAGUACCAGCAGGGACCUAUCGCGGCAAGCUCGAUAUCGCCGCCGCCCGCGUCCGCGUCGGCCGUGCCUUCAGCUGGCUACAGUGGGAUUCCGCAGGGGCCAGCCAAUGGUGUUGCCAGCGGCGUAUCUGGAGCGCAGCCGCACGGCAUGCCGCCACGCGCGCCGCCGGCGCGCGCACCUGCAAGUGCACCCACCGGCCCUGCCGCGACCAACGCCGCGGCACAGCAACAGCACCACCACCAACAGCAACAACAGCAGCAGGGGCCGCCGGAUGCCGGCAUGAUGAUGUUGCCCAACGGCAUGAUGGUGCCGUACCCGGCCCCAGCGUACGGCGCCAUGCCGGGCGGCGGCGCGCACGUGAUGAAUCCGUACGGCACGCCGUCGUCGCCAGGCGGCGGUGGCAGCGGCGCCCCACAGGGCAUGCUUAUGCCGCCGCCCCCACAACAUCAGAACCUGCAGCAGCCGCAGCAGCAGCCGCAGGUUGCGUACGUGCCCACGAUGCUGCCGAACGGGCAAAUGGCGUACGUGCCGCAGUACGUCAUGCCGGGCGGGGGCGGGAGCUACAUGCAGUCCAACAUGGGUUUUCCCCAAAUGAUGAUGCAGCCAACGGGGAUGCAGUCGCCGCAGCUGGUGAUGGCGUGGGGCGCGUCGCCGCCGCCUUCCGCGCAGGCGGUGCCGAUGUCGCCCGCCGGGCCCAGCUUGUACUCCUUCGACCGCUCCUCCAGCAAUGGCACACCACCCCAGGUGCAGCAGCAACCGCAGAAUGGCGGCGGGCCAGGCUCCCAUGACCUUGCCUACCAGCACCAGCAGUAUCAGCACCAGCAACAACAGUACCAUCACCAGCAGCAUCAAGCACAGCAUACUCCGCCCUUCGUUUCCCACAGCCCGCCGCCCAGCGGCCCCAUGCCGCAUUACCACAGCACAGUCAUGCGCUCACGCAGCAUCGGUAGCCGAGACGGUGAGGCUAUGACAGCCGCUGCAGCUGCGGCUGGGCUGGUGCAGCAGCCGCAACAGAGGGUGCCGCACUCUGCGCCGCAGGUUGCUAGCGGCGGUGGAGUGCAGGGCGGCGGUGCGGAGCUGGCUGCUCCGCAGUCUACGAGGGAGCCGUCGGUUCAGUUCCAGUCGUUUGGGCCCAACGGCGGCAGUCGGGGGCUGGGGCCGGGAGCAGCUUGGGGAGGGGGCGCUGCAGGCGCCGGGGCUGGGCCUGCAGAUGGGGGCGUGAUCAAGGCGGGAAAUCUGGGGUUGCUGUUCUCAUAGGCUGCGGCGCAUCGGUGUGUACGUUGCGUGUGUCGAGUGGCACGCAGCGGUAAAUGGUCAUGCUGGUGAUCCAUGCGUGUAUGGCAUGCUUUAAGCAUGCAGAGGUUGGAAGCUCGUGGUACGUGCAGCGUGCGCCGCAUUGGCGCAGGUCGUGGGUAGUUCACCAUGGGAACACACGGAAGCUGCGCCUGUAUAGCUGGGUCCUGGCCUGGAUAAGGCUGCUCAUGGAGUCCUGUUUCGUUGCCUGGUGAUUUGGAAAGUCAGGCAAGCAUGAACCUCGGAUUCUGCUGUAAUGUUCACUUGCU